AAAGGAAAAAGAACGUCUAUUAGAAACACUUAAAAAAGAGGCGGGUGAAGUGAAAUCUUCAUCGAUCCAAAACUUUCAGAAAAAAACAUGGGGAGUUCCAAAGACGAUUCCGCCACAGACGGCGACAAAUCCACCGCCAAUCGCCGCCGUCCGGACUCCACUUCCAACCUCUACUCCGACGGCGAGAAAGUCCUCGCUUAUCACGGCCCUCGCAUCUACGAAGCAAAGGUUCAAAAGGCGGAGAUACGAAAGAAUGAGUGGAAAUACUUCGUUCAUUACCUUGGUUGGAAUAAAAAUUGGGAUGAAUGGGUUGGUGUUGACCGUCUGAUGAAAUAUACCGAUGAGAACAUUCAGAAGCAGCAAGCCCUUGACAAAAAACAAGGUGCCGAAAAGAACCCUAAAUCUGGACGCUCAAGUCACGCUAAGCCAAAAAUACUAAAUGAUGUAAAGGUGGAAAAAGAGGAUGUCAAGAGUAGUGGGGCAAAAGGGAAGAAGAGAAAGAGUGACUCGAGUACAGAGAAAGGGAAUGCAUCUGUUGAAAAGCCGGUGAAGAUUCAAAUUCCAUCAACUUUAAAGAAACAACUUGUGGAUGAUUGGGAAUUCGUUAAUCAUCAAGAUAAGCUUGUUAAACUUCCUCGCUCUCCAAAUGUUGAUGACAUAUUGGCGAAGUACCUUGAAUACAGGUCAAAGAAGGACGGCAUGAUGACGGAUGCGGUCGGAGAGAUAUUAAAGGGAUUAAGGUGUUAUUUCGACAGAGCGUUACCAGUUAUUCUUUUGUACAAUAAGGAGCGUAAACAAUUUCAAGAAUUCGUUACAGAUAAUGUUUCUCCUUCAACCAUAUACGGUGCUGAACAUCUCUUGCGUCUGUUUGUUAAAUUACCCGAGUUAUUGCCAUAUGUUAACAUAGAAGAGGAUCUGGCCAUGCGUUUGCAGCAAAAAUUUCUCGACUUCCUCAAGUUUUUGCAAAAGAAUCAAACGUCUUUCUUCAUUUCUUCUUACGAUGGGUCAAAGGAUUCAGACAGCUCAGCAGUGAGGGGCAAAACGAGUCAGGAGUAGAGUUGUUCUUCUUCUCCACCUUGUGAUGUAACAUUAGGUGUUAUCAUUUUUAACCACCAGCAGAUGUUGACAAUCUGCCAUGUCAGCUUUGUUGUAACAUAACCUCAAUUCUUUUCCUUUUUUUUAUUAUUAACAUUGAACCUCUUUGUGGGCUCCUAAAAUAUAGCAGUCGUUUGGUCGAGCCUAUGUACAAUCGACCUUGGUUUAAACAGGCGAAGUGUUGUAGAAUUCAUAUUCCCAUCAGCAAUAUGAUUCUUAAAUUUGUAGCAC